AGUAAUCAAACAGUGACCACAUUGAAGGGUCUGGGCGGCGGCCAUCUUGACUGUCCCCAUCACCACCGACAAGCCUCAGCAGGAAGUGCGCGAUCUAUCUCCUGUAAUUCUAGGGUCAACUCAAACUAGCCUGAAAGAGCGGCUCGAGAAAGGUUGUAUCGCAGCAGUAGGAUGGACUCAGACAUUUUGAACAUAGAGGAGAUAGUGAUGGGAAGGGGGUUGCCAGAUCCGCCACCAGAAGCUCCCCCUCAAAAGCCAGCAGAGCCAUACAAACCCAGCAUUCAGAAUGGACCUCCUGCUCCCUCCAUCCAGCCCUACCAGCAUGAGAACCUGCAGUGCUUCCAGUGCUUCAUUACCUUCUGCAAUGCCAAAGCAAAGGAGAGACACAUGAAGAAGAGUCACAGGGAGGAGUACAAACAGCAGCUUCAGCAGGGCAACACGCUGUUUACGUGCUACGUGUGUGACCGCACCUUUCAUUCGUCUGAGGAACUAACGCAGCAUCAGCCGACGCACAGCAAUGAUGACAAGCCUUUUAAAUGUGCUUACUGCAAGGAGAGCUUCAAAACGUUCUCUGAGGUCACGACUCACAGAAGACAGAUGUGUCGAGAGAAACUGCUGUUCUGUAAAGAUUGUGGCCAAGGCUUUCGUAGUCCUGGACUCCUGCGUGCCCACCGCCUGACCCAGCAUCCGCGCCCAGAUGAGAGUGCAGAACAUCCAGAGGAUCCAUCAAAACCACAUCGCUGUAAGAAGUGCGGGCAGGGAUUUGAAGCCGAGUCGGAGCUGCAGGCACACCAGGAAAAGUACCCCGAAGGCCAACAGUGCAACGGCAGUGCUUCCCCCAUCAAGAAACGGGGCCGCCCCGCCAAAGCUGAAGACCCAGCGGGUUCUGAGAAAAAGGGAAAGCGGAAAAAGAAGGAAGAAGACGAAGUUUCAGAAGCAGCAAUGAAGGCAGGCGGCACAGCCGAGGCUGCAACGGGAGAAGACAAAGGAAAAGCAGGCGGCGCGAAGCGUGGCCGUCCUUCUAAAGCAGCAGCGUCGGAAGCAGAAGAUAAAAAAGGUUCAGAGGAUGACGGUCAGGAUGCAGCAAAGGAGAAGAAACCAAAAGAAGAACCGGUCCUUCAGAUCCCCUGUACAGAUUGUGACCUCACGUUCCCCGGCUUGAGUCAGCUCCGUGCGCACAAGAAGGAGAAACACACCCCACGGAAAGCCCAUCCUUGUGAAGAAUGUGAAGAGAGCUUUGCCCGUCCUGAACAGCUGGAAGCCCACAUGUCGCGGGCUCACGCCGUCGGCCGUUUAGCCUGUCCCACCUGCGGGAAGAGCUUCAGCCGGAUGCGCUCCUUGCAGGCUCACCAGAAAAUCCACCUGGACGAGAUGCCUGAAAAGUCAGGCGCCAAUAGAUAAUUUAGGCGGGCUGUAUCCUGUGGGAAAUGUGGUUUUUCAGUCAAUUAGUCCUGAAUUUUUCCCUUUCUUUUAAAUUUGGGCAACAUCAGUUUCAAGAUGAUGUUUUAAAUGAACUAGUAGCGGUUUGCAGCAUCAGGUUUUAGUCGGUUAUUAUUUUUAGCUGAGUGUUCAGGAGCUGCUCAAUUAUGACACAUCUCAUAAGUUGACUAACCAGGUUUUAAGCAUCUGUUGCCCUGUUUGUCAUUAAAACAGUUCAGUUGUAUUAAAAAAAAAA